AUGGCUGAAUAUUCGAAGAGUUCCAAGAAGAAAAGGCCAUCAAAAAAAAUGACAAAGAAUUAUGAACGUGAAGAAGAAGAUUAUGAAGAAAGUAACGACUAUGAUUUGGAGAUACAACAACAACAAUUACAACAACAAGAAAUUCAGCUUACAGAAGAAGACAUUCCUGAACAAUCUUUAGCAAAAAGACAAAAUGUUUUGCAAGAAAAAGCACCAAAGAGAUCGACAAAAUCUAAAUUCGAAAGUGCACCUGCGGAUUACUAUCAAAGACAAAAGCCUCAAACAUUACCUAGUAAAAUGCCUCAAUCAUUACCAAAUAUAUUGCCUACUCAACAAAUGACUAAAGGAAAAAAUAUUUUUGCAAAGAAACAACAAUUUGAUCCAGAAAUAUUUGAAAAUGAAAGCAAUGACUUUUCUGGACCAUUUUCACCUUUACCACCUAUAACAAGUACACAGAAUUUCAAUGAAAUUUUUCAAACUAAACUUCAAUCUCAUUCAAUGAAAGAUUUCAAAGAUUAUUUUCUUGAACAUGCUAAAUUAACAGGAAAAAUCGAAUGUGAUGCAAAUAUAUUAUUAACCGAUGUUCAUCUUUAUGAAUUAAGUCAAUUUGAUUGGCCUCAUCUUGAAACAAUUCGUAUUCGUGCAUGUCCUCAUUUAACACCAUAUGCUAUGAAUUAUAUUGAAAAGAUUUCUAAAAAACAUAAUGAUCGACAAAUAAAUAUCAAUGUCGAAUUACUGUUACAUGCUCAUAAUACAAUAGAAAAUAAAAUCAAUUUGAUUGAUAAUACUAUUACCAAUCUUGAACCAUUCUUUGGAAAAAGUACGAAAAUAUCAAUAACAAAAGUCUUAAUUUAUCAUGCUAAUACUCAUAAUGAUUCAAUGUUACCAUCAAAACAAAUGAUUAUAAAUCAAAUUCGAAAAUCAAAAGAAAAUUAUCCUAUGUUACUUAAUUAUUUAUCAUUAAAAGAGGAUGAAUGUCAAGUAUCACUUCUUGAAUGUGCUAAUUCAAUUCUAUUCAAAGAAAUGUGUACAGCAUUUCAUCCACAAAUAAUUUAUUUGGUUGUUUCGAGUGUUGAUGAUAUACUCAAAUGUUUUUUUUCACUUGAUUGUAAUAGAUCAUUUACAAUUUUGCAAAAAAAACAAAUUCGAUUGAUUAUUAAUAAUAAUGAAUCUGAUGAAGAAUUUUAUUCUGAUAUUCAUUUACAUUUGGACAAUAUUGCUAAGUCUGCUCAUGAAAUCUAUUCUCAAUUUAUUAAUGAAACACCAGAAUAUGUAUCAGAGAAUGAUGAUUUACGUCGAAAUCAUUAUCUUACUAGUUUAUUACAUGUUCAAACAAAGUGUAAAAUGUUAAAAAAGAAAUUAAGUAAAGAUCAAUGUUUAAUUUUUCGACAAAAUGAUUCAUCAUUUGUAACAAAUCAUUUAAUGAAAGAUUCAAUCAAACAUUGCAAACCUUUAUAUAUAUUUGAUAGUAUUGACAGUCUCAGUAAAAAUGAAGAAAAAAAUAAAAUAUUCGAAACAAAUGAACCAAUUGUGAAACUUGUUAACGAAUUAACAAAUAAAGCGAAAGAACAAAGUUUAGAUUCAACAACACAAAAUUCAACAAAAACAGCACAAAUUUAUUAUGCACACAAAUUAGUUAAUGAUAAAGUUCUUGAUAUGUAUUCUAAAUCGAAUGGUAAAUCAUAUUGUAUUUCGGAUAUUGAAUGGUUUUGUGAUAUAAUGAAUAAUCUUUUCAAUAUUGAAACCCAUACUAAUCGAAAAACUGAACAUCUAUUAAAACAUUGCAAACAAACUCUUGGUACAAAUAUUCGUUUGAUUUCAAAAACAAAUUUUAAAAAAUUAAAAAUCAGUGCAGAUGAAAUGAAUUUCUUUCAAUGGUUGUUCAGUACAUGGAAUAUUGCUUAUCCAGUAUCAAUAAUGGAUCAAAAUGAUAAUAAUAUGUUUAUUCUUUUUAAUUCCAUAUCAUUAGAACCACCUGUUCCAUUAAGUGUUAUUUGGAGUAAAUCAUGGGCAACAAGUGAAUAUGAAACUGAAAUUUAUUUUCAUUUGUUACAUCCAUGCGAUGCAUCAAUUCUCUUUCAUCUUUAUAAAUUAUUGCCAUCACAAAAAUUAUUACUUGCUUCAAAACAUUUCUUACUUAUUCAAGAAGGAGCAAUAGAAAUUUUAGUUCAAUAUCAUCAUAAUACUGGUCAACAUAUGGCUAUAAGUAUUACUUUUCGUGCACUUAAUUUAAAUACAUCGAAAGAUACGUCGGAUGCAACCGUUCGAUUAAUGCAAGAAUCAUUUCAAUAUGUUCUUAGAGAGUAUUAUAUUAUUAUUUGGGCGUUUUUAUUCAGACAUGAUUAUGCUUUUAAAAUUGAAGAAAAAAGUAAAAAUCCUUCUAAUCUUUUCGAACAGAUAAAUGGUAAUGAAUUAAUGUAUCAUCAAUGGAAAGAUAUAGCACUUUAUCAUUAUUCACCAGCACCUACUCUUACGUCGACUUGUUCUGUAUGUGGUCUUCGUUCUACAGCAAGCAAAGCUCUUUAUGAUGCGUGUACCAUAUUAUCACCUGCACGAUAUACAACAGAAAAGAAAAUUAACACAGAUGAAGUAGAUAAAAAUGAAGAUCAAUCCGGUUUAUUAAUAUUUCAACUUGAUACAAAACCACUUUCUUAUAUAGGCAAACAUAGUAUGCGACCAGAUGGAUGUAAUUCAUUUGAAGUUAUAUUUUUAAGUACUGAUAAUGAGAAUGAGCAAUCGAAUUCUCCAAUAUUAUCGUCUAUUCAAAUUGGAUGUUUAAUGAAUAAUUUUGAUAUAAAAGAUGAUGAAAAAAUCCUUUUUGAAUAUGGUACUGAGUCCAAAACACAAUCAAAACCUCGUGAUGUUCAACAAUCACAAGAAACUCUUCACACAUCGUAUUUAGAUGAAAUUCGUAGUUUUGGUGGUAUAAAAGGUUUAAAAGGUGCAAAAAAUAAGUCUCAUAAAAAAACUGAAUUACAAGAACUUUAUAACGGUUUACGAUUACGUAUUGAUAUAUUAUUUACUGAUAAAUCGAAUUCAUAUGAAUUAGUUUUUUCAAUUAAUGAUAUUCCAUGGUCUCGCCAAAUAAUUAAACGCAAAUCAACUCAAACAAUGUUUCAACCCAUCAUACAAAGUUCAGGAAUUCAUAAUUCUGAACGAAAUAUUAAUGUGAUCAUUCAUCAUAAGAAAACAGCACUUGACAAAUCAAUUAUUGAUACCGCUGCAUCAGGUACGAAAAACAACCCAUGGAAAGUUGGUAUGCGUCUUGAAGCUAAAGAUCGAAAAAAUCCAUCUAUAUUAGCUAUUGCUAAUAUUAUCGAAGUUUAUGAUGAUAAUCGUAUACGUAUUAAUUUUGAUGGAUGGACAUCAACAUUUGAUUAUACAGUUGAAACUGAUAAUUCUGAUCUUCAUCCUUGUGGUUAUUGGGAAUAUGUUCAACGUGUUUUAUAUAAGAAUCCUAAUUCAUCGAAAUUAAAUCCACAUUUUACUUUUAAUCGUUAUGAUAAACCAAAAUCUUAUGAUGGCCUAUUUAGUUGGCGUAAUUAUUUAACAGAAAAAAAUCAAGAACCAGUACCGUUCGAAUGUUUCAGCUAUGUACAAACAGAAGGCAUGCCUGUCGAAUAUUUUCCACAUGGUAUAUCAAAAGCUGCAUUUACUUGCCUUUCAUGUCGCCAUUAUAAUAAUGUACGAGUUAAAUAUCAUAAAAUGAAUACAUUCAUUCAAGAUGAAAUAGUAAAUAGAAUACUUUAUGAACAUCAUAUAGAAACAAGUACUCCUACAACAACAACAAGUCCAGGUCUAGUUCUAUUACCAACACCGUUUGAUACAUCAACUUUUAUGUAUCCAUGUUUGAAACACUUUCAAAAUUCAUCAAAUUUCAUUGUGCAUUUAACAUGCAAUCAUCGAAGUAUUUCUCCAUUGGAUUCAACAACUAUUAUAUCUGGUACACAUUUAAUGGAUACUGAUGGUGGUAGCAUAGAAAAAAAAGAUCUUAAUAUGUCACUAAUUACAAUAUGUAUGUUAACUGCUAUUGAUCUUGCUCGAAAUCAAAAACGUUUAAUAGCACCUUUAACAUCAAAAUUAGUUUCAAAUAAUAAUAAUAAUAAUUUAUUUGGUAAACGUCAUGUUGAUUAUUAUAUGCGACGUUGGCUUGAUUUAAGUGCUUAUAUAACAUGUUUUCAUUCAACAAGCUUUUAUAAUAAACGUCCAUCAUCAAUGAAUCUAUCUCAAACUAAUGCUAUGCCAUUUUAUACAUCUUAUACUGAUCAAGAUUUAUAUCCUAGUCUUAACAAUGGUCUUAAUUCAAUAACAAUAGAUUCAUCAUAUCCAUUGAAUACAAAUAAAGAAAAUCAAUUUGGUAAAUAUGGUGAAUGUUAUUAUUGUUGUUUACUUCGUAAAGAUGAAAUAAAAGAUCGAUCUGAUAUGUCAUUACAAAAACGUUUGGAAUUAAUUGGUGAUUAUGCAUCAAGUAUAUUUUAUCUUGAAUUAUAUAAACAAGAAAAAAAUUUAAUUGAAAAUGGUUUAAUAUUAAAUGAUGAUUUUUUUCUUAAAUUUAAUGGUCUAGAAAUAAUUGAUAUAACAAAUAUAAUAAUUGAUUGUUUUCAAUUAAAGAAUAAGAAUAUAUAUUGUUUAAAAAAUUUAACAUAUCUUUCACUUGAAAAUAAUGAUCUUUCAGUAAUUCAAAUUGAUUUUCAAUAUUUAAAUCAAUUAACUUAUUUAAAAUUCAUUGAAAAUCCAUUUGAAUCAUUACCAUUAAAUUGUUUAUCGUCAAAAUCAUUACAAUAUGUUGAAUUUUCUAGACUUGGUCGAUUAAGUGAAAUUGAUCAUAAUACAAGAAUCUCAUCGAAAUUAAAAACAUUAUUAAUUACAGAAAGUAUAUUAACAACAUUACCACAAACAUUAGCAACAGAUGCUCGAGAUAAAUUGACUAAAUUAACAUUAAAUGGUGUUCCUUGGUGGGGAGCGAGUGGAUUGAGUGUUAAUGAAGUUAUUAAAUAUGAUUCAUUUCUUAAAAAAUUUGUUAUAUUUCUUGAUUCGGAUGAAUUAGGAAAAAUUUAUCGUAUGUAUGAUGAAGAUGUUAAUGGAGUUUUAUCAUUUUCAGAAAUUAAUUUAAUGAAUGCUCAUAUGUAUCGUUAUAUUUCACGAUUAAGAUCAUCCAAUACAAAAAUUUACGAACAGUUACAUCGUGUUUCACAUUUUAAUCGCACAGGAAUUGUGCUAACAACUUUCUUUAUACAUUUUUAUUUUCAGCCGAAUUCUGGUCGAUCAUCUGUUGAACCAACAAAUAUAAAUGAAUCAGAUAUUUUAAAGCAAGAGUCAUUUAGUAGUGAUCCAUCGGGUAUUCCAUCAGCGAUAUUUUAUCUUGAAAAUUUAACUGAACUUAGUAUUGAAUAUCAAGGAAUUAAAAUGGUACCAGAUGCAAUCAAAAAUUUAAAAUCUUUAGUUAUAUUUAAUUUAAAUUAUUGUAUUGAACUUGAAACAUUAAGUGCAGAAGUAGGAUUUUUACCACUUAGAGAGCUUAAUUUAACUGGAUGUGUCUCAUUAAAAACACCACCAAUGGAAAUAAUACGUCGUGGUCAUACACAAACAAUGGCAUUUUUACAACGAUUAAUUAGUGGGUCUACUCCAUGUAAAAGAACAAAACUUAUGUUAGUUGGUCUCGGUGGAGCAGGCAAAACAAGUUUAGUGCGUGCUUUUCUUGAAUCACAUUCUGAUACACCACCAGCAGUUACCGAUGGUAUUGAUAUUGUCAAAUGGAAAGUGCCUUUAAAUGAACCUGAUGAGUUUCUUGAAUUUAGUGUUUGGGAUUUUGCAGGACAAUCAGUUUAUUAUCAUACUCACCAAUUUUUUUUGGCUAAGAAAGCUGUUUAUGUACUUGCAUGGAAUAUUCGUCUUGGAGCUGAACAUGCUGGUCUUGAUUUUUGGCUAUCUUCAAUAUGUUGUCAUGCACCAAAUGCACCGAUAUUUGUUGUCGGUACACAUUCAGAUUUAGUAUCUCGUAUUGAUCUACGUCAAGAUGAUCUUAAACGACGUUAUCCUCAAAUAACUGGGUUCUUUAAUGUUAGUACACAUACAGGUGAUAAUGUUAGUGAAUUAAUUGAAAGUAUUAUUAAAACGACAUUAGCACUACCUUAUAUGGAUGAACAAAUUCCAAAAGUAUGGCUUAGUUUUGAACAAUUGAUUGCUGCAUGUGAUGAUGAUAUACUUGAAUAUAAUCAAGUAGCAGAUAUAGCUCAUAAUGCUGGCAUAUUUGAUUCAGGUGAAGUUCUUCAAUCUAUACAAUUCUUACAUGAUCUUGGUUCUUUACAAUAUUUUUCUUCGGAACAUUUAAAAAAUUAUGUUGUUAUUAAUCCACAAUGGAUUAUUAAUGUUAUGGCAUGUAUUGUUAGUAUUAGAGAUAGUCCUGUCAAAAAUGGGCGUCUAUUCCAUUCAGAUAUAGAUGUCAUUUGGGAAGAUUAUGAUAGCAACUUACGUCCUUGGAUUUUAAAGUUGACUGAAGCAUUCGAUUUAACAUUUCCAGUACCUGAUCAAAAUAUGAAUUUAGUACCAUGUCUCUUACCUGAAGAAGAACCUGAGUACGCAUGGAAUGAUGAUCUUAGUGACACAGAAAUUCGAGAAAUGAAGAUUACUUAUACAUUUAAUUAUUUACCCGCCGGAUUAUUCAAUCGGGCACAAGUUCGUCUUUUUCAAUUUUCUGAUAAAUCAACAAUUUGGCGUUAUGGUUCAUUACUAGUGAAAAAUAAUCAUCGAGCAGUUAUACUACGUACAGAUGAUCGACAUAUUGUCAUUAAAAUUCAAGGUAUUCGACCAGAUAAUAUUCUUUUCUUAAUUCAUGAAGUAUUUGAAAAUCUUGUUAAUGAAUCAUUUUUUGGUGUUACAUAUGAUAUUGCUUUUCCAUGUCCAGAUUGUCUUGAUUCACGUAUUAAUGAACCUUGGCAAUUUUCAUCUUCACUUAUUAAUCGAGCUAUUGAACUUAAAUCACCAUCAAUUCAAUGUCAUCGAUUUUUCCAUGUUGCAUCUGUUACUGAUUUACAAGCACUUAUUCCACCAGAUAGUAAAAGUAAUUAUGAUUUACAUUUGGAAUAUUCUGUACGUGAUCUUAAAUCUUAUAAACAAAAUAUGGCAGUUGAUAUUGUAUAUAUCUAUCCAGCAGAUCAUAUUCCAACGGCAUCAGAAAUCGAGACUAAAGUUGAUCCAAGAAAAAUUAAAGAUGAUUUAACAAAACGUGGUUUAACAAUUUGGACACCGGACUCAAUGAAAGAUUUUAAAAUUGAAAAUCAUUAUUUAGUUAUUAAAGAAGCACGAUUUAUUAUAUUUGGUAUUUCAACUGAAUUAAUAGAUAAUCCUGAUAAUAGAAACUUAUAUGAAGCUUUACAAACAAUAAUAAAUAUCUUACGUAAACCAAUUAUUCCAGUUUUAUUUGGUAGUGAUAUGAAAUGGAAAGAGAGUGAUGUUGGUGUUGCAUUAUCAGAUAAACUAUAUAUUAAUAUGCAAAACGUAAAACGAUAUGACUAUCGUAUAAAAGAAUUAAUAGAUUUAGUUGAACAAGAAAAAAAUCAAAAUGAUCAAAAUAAACAAAUACGAGAUCAACCAACCGAUCUUUUCAUAAGUUAUUGUUGGGCAAAUUCACAUGAUGCUGUCAGUACAAAACCAACUGCGACCUCAAUUGGAUGGGGAGAUCCUCGAGUUAUAAAAGAUUAUCUUGAAGAACGUGGAUUACGUGUUUGGAUGGAUGUUAAUCGUUUAGGCAAAUCCGGUGUACUUCAUGAUAUUGUUCAUGGUUUAAAAAAUACAAAACUUGUCAUAGCAUGUGUAUCCGAUGAAUAUACACAAAGUGAAGUUUGUCGUAAUGAAUUUUUAUUUGCAAAAAAUACAUUAAGGCUUCCUGUUGUAUUGGCUAUAUUUGGUAUUGGUGAUAAAUGGCGAACGACAGAAGUUGGCAUGUGUAGUCUUGCAUGUUCACAAGUGAAUUUUCAAUUUGAAAAUCCAACUGCUUUUGAAGAUAUCUAUAAUCAGAUUCAAAGUAAUUUACCUAAACGACCGACUUCAGCUAAAGAAACUUCAUUGAACGUCAUUGCAAAACCAGGCGCUGAAGAAAUAACUACAGCUGCUUAUCAAGAAUUAUUUGAAUUAACACAACGUAAAUUUCUUCGUGUAACAACUGGUUUUGCUGAUACAAUGAAUGCUCGAGCUUAUCCUCGUUUAUUUGCUCUUGAUUUUAUGGGCGAGACAGAAAAAUCAGCACAAGAAUUAGCUCGUAUUGAAAUGGCUACUCAAAUGAAUACACAACGACAAGAUGACAAAGACAAUACAGAACGGGAUCUCGAAGCUGAACGACAACGUGAUGAAGAACUUCUUCGUGAACAACAAGAAACUAAGGAAAAUGCUGAUGGUGAUUCUAAAGAAAAAGAAAUUGUUAAAGAAAAAACUAAAACAUUAUGUAUACGUGUACUUUGUGAAAACGAAGAAAAUUGGCAUUCAGCUGGAAAUCCAUUUGAAAUUACUGAAAAGGUUGUAAUACAAAAUGGUGCAUUAUAUUUAUCACGAAUUAUGCUUCUGCUCAAACAAAGUGAUUUAGCAUUAGAAAUUCUUACUAGCGAUGAAGGUGAAAUUGAAUUACAGAAACUUACUGAAACUGCAAAUUCUAUGAAUAUGGAAGUAAGAGAUUCUUAUGGAUAUUUACGCCGAUGUGUAAUGGAUUGUGAUUUAGAAGAAAAAUAUUCUGGUCUUAAACAAUGCCUUAUGCCAUCAGGCAAAGUUUUAUGGCUUUGUGAACAACAUCAAAAACAACCACGUGUUAUACUUGUUACCGGUUCAAUGGCUGGUGGUUAUACUCGUCCACAAGCUGAAGAAAAGAGUGAAAUAAUGAAAGCAUUAGUUAAACUCAAUGAGCGAAUUGCCAAUAAUGAAUUACCUCCUCCUACUAUCAAAGUUCCUAGUACUGGCAGUGUUCGUCGUUUAUCAACAGAAAAACUAUCACAAAGUGGCCGUCAUUCAGGUCGAUAUAGUCAACAAGAGUCUUCAUCAUUAAUCACACCGCGACGACAAAGUACUUUACUAAUUGAUAAGAAUAUUGAAGAAAAUGAUGAUGAAAAUGCUGAAACAACUUCAAAUGAAUUAGAAAAUUUAAAUUCAAAUCUAAAACAAGAAGAUAGUACUGUAGUUGAAUCAACAGAUUGUUCAAUUAUGUGA